CGGGAGGAGUGGGUCUGAAUGGAUCUCAUUGACAUCGGGGUCUGCCAGUAACCAGUGAGAGCUAAGCCUGUUUACUGUUGGGAUUUACUGGCAUUGACAGAGCCUCCAGGCCGGGCUGCGUGACUCUGAUUCAAUGAUUCAUUCAAUCAUGUGAAACCUUGUGCACACUGUUCUCUUUGGCGAGAAAAGACGGAUCUGUUAUCUCUGUACAUUGGAUUUUUUUUGCUAUCUGAACGAUCAACCACAUUAUCGAAGAAUUCAGGGGAGCCCCGUAUCUACAAGUUCUCUGAAUUUUGAGGUGACCCUCAUCACUUACAAAGAUCUUCAUGCUGGCUAGCCCUAAGUAUGAACUUUAUAACUGUGUCCAGACCAGUCUAGAACUCAUUCUGAACAUUCAGCAGUGUUAAAAAGGCUGAACAAUGGGACUGCAUAAAGCUUCUAGACUCCCAAGUUAUGUGGAUUGCAAAGCUGUGAUUUGGCCUUAAUGUUAUUAUUCCUCGUUCAGAUGAUUAGAAUGAUGUUGGAAUAUGCUGGAAUAGACAUGGAUUCACCGUUUUGGUCAAACAAGCCAUAUGGUUCAUCUCGCAGUAUUAUUCGCAGAAUAGGUUCUAGCCUCCCUCUUAAACCAUGUCCAAGAGUUCACUUUCAGAUUUUCCAUGGUUUUGGAGAAGCUGAUCAAAAUUCUACGGAGUCAGACAAUGGUGCAGUUGCUUCCCUGGCUGAUGUAGCCUGGAUUGUGUGUGACCAGGGGGAAUCAUUUAGCAAGAUGAGGUCAGAAAUUCGACUUGAUGGUGACCUUCCCAAACGUCAGGCGUCAUCUUGUCCAAGGCCUAUCAGCAGGCAAGCUUCUUUACCAAAUUUAAGAAAUUGCAAAAAGGAAUCUGCAACUCCCACAAUGGCCAGUGAUGCAGCAUUGGAAAAAAUCAACAUAUUGGAGAAUGAGCUUGCUAAGUUACGGGAACAGAUUGCCAUGAUUGUAACUAUACAAGAACAAAGAAGUCCCUUGGCAGUGACACCAGGUGUUAUUCCAUCUUGUGCUGCUCCACCGCUGCCUCCACCACCUCCCCCACCUCUACCACCCUCACCUGCUCUCCAACGUAGUCAAUCUGUGAUUGACCUCAUCAAAGAAAGAAGAGGAAAGAAACCUGACAGUAGUCAAAUCACAUGUAAUCAUAAACAGGAAAAUCUGCCGAACAUGUUAGAUGUCUUAAAAGAUAUCGAUAAGGUGAAACUACGCUCUGUAAAGAAAUCUGUGGAUGAUUUAAAGCCCAAACCAGAUCAACAUACAGCUGAUCCAACAGCUUUAAUAGCAGCAGCUUUGAAGCGCAAAUUUGCACACCGCUACAAAAAUGAUCAUUGUAGUGAAAAUCGACCUUCAAAUUCUAACUUCCAGGCAGAACCCCCAAAGUUUGGACAACACAUGCUGAAACCAACUGGAAAGAGAAACCCAUUGUUGGAAACGUCAUCUCAGUCUUGAUUGGAUGCUUAGGGCAGGGGGGGGGUUACGCUUUGCCUCUACUUGACUUUAAUUUGCUUAGAUUUAAUUGUAUGAAGAAAUGCUGCCACUACACAAUUUUCAGUAGUUUACAUGAGCAAUAUUUAUAAAAUCAGGUUUCAAAAAUGAAUAUUUUAAUAUUCUGGUCCACGGCUGUUUUAUACCAGUUUGUAUUUUGCAUGUAUUCACAAUGAAAUGACAUAUUUGUGCCAAAUUCUAAUGUUUGAAGUUAUCGCAUUGCUGUUUGUAGAUUUGUUGUGAAUACGGCACCCAAAGAGACCUAAAUUGAUUAGUUUUUCUCUAAAUUAUAUUUUAAAUAAGCCAUAACAAUUUUUUCUGCUUUGGUGUUCACAUCACCACAGCUUAUUAUUGUUUACGUGGUAGUACCUUAGGAUAAAUGUUGUGGAUUUAUAAUAGGUAAUGUUGCACACUGUUCCUAAAAUGUAAUUACGUAUCAUAGACCCUUUGAUUGUUUGGUUUUUAAAAUUUAUCAAUUUUUGUUGUGUUCUUUUCAUUUUAAUUACGAAUGCUGAUGAAAAUGACAUUCUACGGCACUACAGUCAUUGAUGCACAAGGUUUGACUUACCAUGAGUUAGUGUUGAGUUAUCAAUUGGUUUGCAUCGAUUAUUGCUUACUGAUCUUAUUUAGCUUCUGAAAGCCCAAUCCUUCCUGCAUGAACAGAAGUUUAACAAGUGACUAAAGGAUGAACCAACUAAAAAAGAUGGUAAUGUUAAUUAUUAUUCUUUAUAACUAUUUAAUUUAUAACAAAUCCUGAUUGGUAAAGCUCUCAUUUUAAGUACUAUUCCUGAAAAUCCAGAACACCAGAAAGCUGCAGCAUACGUGCUCAGAAUUUUAAUAAUUGGAUACAAGGUGUAUAUGUACAUCAUAUGUUAAUGAUUUUUGUACAUGAAUGGUGGUCCAGAGAUUUAGUUUUGUAUUAUAUAAAAUGCUUUGAAAUAAGAAAGUUUAGGAGUUUAUAGACUACACCUGCUGUUGCAUAAUGCUUUGACCAAACAACAAGGUGCUUCUUAACCCAUCAAAGUAUUUAUAUCAAAACUACACUACAGAUACUGAAAUUCUCCAGAUCCUAAUGCAUUGGAAUAAGGAAGACCAAGUUCAGAAGACCCAAAAAUACUUGAAAUUUUUAACUCCCAUUUUGUACAAAUUGUAAAUUUCCAGUGCUUAUGCUCAAUUUUUUUUGUUCUAUUUUCACUGGGGGAACUAUCGCUUUGGUGUAGUUUUUAAAAUGAGGAAUUUUUUUUAUAACCUGGGUGCAAGCUGUUCAAAUUUUGAAAAGGUGCACCAUCUUCAACACAGUCAAAAUAUUACCUGGACAUAUGAGUUUAGAGAAAUAGGGAAAAGUUUUUAAUAAGCUGGUGUAGAAAGAGGUAAGGUUUCUUUUGAAACAUGCCUCUUUUUUACAUUAAAGCAGUACAUCUGUUCCCCAACAUCAAUUUCUCCUGAAAGCUGGCAGAAAAAAAGAUGUUAUAGUUGUUCCGUGAGUUCACCCUCUCUACUCUCACCUUGUUCUUUCCCCACCCCCACUUCUUUGUCCCAUCCUACCCACACCAGGGAUUGAAGGAACAAAACCACUAUUGAUGUAACUUUGGCUAAAAGAUAUAACUUUACAAAGUUAGAAAAACAUGCUAAAUGUUGGCACAGCAGUCUGAAAAGUAAGAAAAAUCAGUUAUUCAUUAAAAUAUAUCCGUUAGCUUUAAUUAAUAGGCAAUACAAAUUGUCGUUUGGACUUAGUAUUGAGAACUCUAGUUUUUAAAAUGAGAAGUUUUUUUUAUAACCUGGGUGCAAGCUGUUCAAGUUUUGAAAAGGUGCACUAGCUUCAACACAGUCAAAAUAUUACCUGAGUAUUGCUGAGAAUAGACACACUUUUUGAAGUUUUUUUUCUCUAACUCAAAAUACCAAUGGAAAGGGAAAACAGCACUGAUACUGUGGGAAGACAGUGAUGAUUAGUUGCUAAAUACUGUCUCGCUGGUCAAGGCACAGCCCUAAGAAAUAUACCAGAACAUAGCUAUCACCUGUUUGUUGAGUUGAAGUAGCUGUGUAGGUGUUCUUUCUGUCUACAAAGAAUAGAGACCUGUAUGUUAAUACAUACAGCUUCAAAAGCAUGCAGAUGCCACAUGGGAACCUGACUGACAAUCCCCAAAUUGGUUAUCAGCAUCAUUCAUAUCAGGUUAACUUAGCAAAUGUUGCCUAAUUGCCACAUCAUAUUUAAUGUUGGUCAUACUGCCACUAACAUAGGGUGCUGUGGUCAAGCCAAAAAAAUUCCAUCUAUCAGACACAAACAAAUAAUGUAUAUAAAAUUUCAGUGCUGGUGGGCUGCCUGAUAGGGAGGUCAUAUGUACCAAAGACAUGUAGUUACAUGUCAAACAGCGUCUUCAUUCAGUGUUCGCACUGCCAAGGCACUGUGUAUACCCAGCCCAAUCAGCUUGAAUUUACAAACUCAAAGGGUAUCCAACAUUUUUGAUUCCAUGCUUGGACAUUUCUUAGAUAAUCCUAAUUGUGCUAAAAUAAUGUGAGUAACAAAUUUAGAAUUGUUAGAUGUUGUGUGUACUUGCGCUCUGGAUAUUAUUAUAUAUAAAAAUACAAAGGGACCUAAUCAGACGGUACACAUACUUCGCACAAACUCAAUAAAAAUGGUGACCGCUGUUCUUGAGUUCAUAAUUCAGGGCAUGUUUUGGCCAGGCAACUUGUUUAGUUUAAAAUUUUAAAGCUUAGCAGCUGUAUGUCAGUCAACAUCUGUGCAUGCCACAUGGCAAUAUCUAUGGCCGAAUCCAAUAGCAAAGUAAUUUACACCUGGGCAGUACAAAUGUUCUCUCUUUCCAUUGGUACUUCUAACAAAUUGUUCCAAUGAAUGCAAGAUUUUAAAAAAAAUCAUAAAUUACAAUAUGCCUUUUUUCAGCAAUACAUAUAGGUGGUCAGUAAAUCAUACACUACCUAACAUUUCUGAUAAGUGUUUGAAAGAUAUUUAAUUGUAACCAUAUUGCUUUCUGUCAUGAGAGCUAAUGUACGUUGUAGCACCUAUUCCAAGAUGAAUAUAAAAUGUGUAACAGCUGUAUUAAUAUUCCACAAUAAUUUUGCAUUCUUUCGGUACUCGGAUUUCCAAUUGUUGCACAAUUUUUUUUUAAAAAUGAGUUUUGUUUGAAAUAUGAAUGUAGCACUAAGAUCACGUGAUGACUUUUUAUCAUUAUUUAAUAAUUGGUUUCUGUUGGCCUUGUUUCUGCAUAUUUCACAUCAAUACGGUAUCUUAUUGUAUUGUACCAAAAGCAGAGAGACAACUCGGGGGUAAUGUUGUAGGGGUCUAAGUUGGAAUCCUACAGUGACAGAUGGUGUAAAACAAAAAGCUGGAACAAAGAAUUUAACAUUGACUGUUGUCGAUUGUUGGAAAAUCUCAUCAGGUUCACUAUUGUCCUUAACUGCUCUGGUUUCUUAUGAUGCCAGACAGCAUUGUGAUUGACUCUUACCUGCCCUCUAGGCAUUUAGGGAUGGGCAAUAAAUAUUAACCAGCGAUGCCCUCAUCCCAUAAAUGAAUAAGAGAAACACACCUACAUCUGAAUUCAGCAGACAAGUUGGUAGUUUAACUUCAGGCCCAUUAAAUUAUGAAACUUUGCUUUAUAUUGCUCGUGAUUAGCCAUCCUUUUAACAUAGUUUUAAAUGAAUAAACCUGGCCUGUUGUGUACUGUUUUGUGUAAAAGAUUUCAUUCUCCAGUAUAUCUGUGAUUAAAAGCAAUCAGAACUCUGUGCAUGCUUUGAGUGCAGUCAUAAGAGCUCUGAUCCAUCAUGUUUAACAA